AUGGAUGUCAAAGCAGCUCAAGACCUCGCCCAGCGACUCGGACUAGUUGAGAAGCUAUCGCUCGCGGGUCCAGCACGUUGGAAGUGGUCAGCUCUGGACCAUGAAGAUGACGACGAACCGAAGCUUGCACCGAUCUUGCUUGAGCCUGAAGCUCCCGCCCCGAAGCUCACAUCACCUAAUCAAGAGCCUGCCUCUGCUGCGAAUCAUCCUCCGACUGCCCCGUCCAUACUUGUGAAAGCAUAUGCCAUCGCGUUGCGAGCAUUUCUGACAACAGAGACAAAUCUAAGUAACCCGGAUCAGGCUAUCUUUGUAGCAACGCUGCAAGAAAAAGGCGUCCCACUCGCCUGUGCUCCAGAAUAUGCCAAUGAGGCGUUGUACUGGAAGUCGGAUCCGAUACAGGAUGGACGUACUCUGGCUUUCUCGGCCACGGGAGCGGAACCAUCGUUUUUUAAUUUCUUGAGGGACUACGUUGCCUCUGUAACGGAUCUUCAAAACCAGGAUACUACCCUGACGUCGGAUCAGAAGAAAUACAUCGAUGCUCGUCGAGACGCUGACGAUGCGUAUCACAGUUUGUGGCAAUCAUUCCAAGAUAAGCUUGCAAAAGACCCUUCGUAUCACUGGCAAACGCACUAUGAGCAUUUCGGCAUGGAAUACCAGGCGAGAUGUGCCAUACGUGAUCUCGCAGGUAGCGUACUAAAGCCAACAGACUGGGUAAAGACGAUGCAGGGUUUCGAUGCCGCUCAAGCCCGGCGAGAUGAACAUCAAGGUAAUACGAUGCGUUGCAGCCUUGAUUCCUUCCGUCUCGACGAAAAAAGUCGCUACGAAGUCAACGAGGCCUCAGUGCGCAAUCGCCCCCUCCACGUUCUGCCCAAUUUUCAAUCUGCUGCUUUACCUUGGCGUCUCCCGUUCAAGGAGGAAAUCGCCAACCCGCAAAAAGUGGAACUCGAUCUCAAGCGCGCGCUCUUGUCCACCUGGUCAAGUCUUGGGUUUCCCCAAUUCGACGACUCUCCAGCUGUUGCAACGCCCGAGGAAAUCGAAUCUUUCGUUGACCAGAGCGGGUGCCAUAUCUGGCUUACCUAUACGCAUAUAGUACCUUUCCGUGUAGCAAGGGGGCUGUGGGAUAUCCCAGAUUUCCGGGACGUGCUUAAGCAGCUCCGGGCGGACGUAGACCCUAGGUUCAAGAAAAAGGUUCAUAAGACGGUGACGUUAUUGCUAGGGUACGGAGUGCAGAUUCGGAUGCAGUUCGAUGCCAGUGCUGUUGGAUUGAGUGAGGAUGGGAUAAAGCUAGCGCCAGGCUUAGUUGAGGGUAUGACGAUGGCAACUGUGUCGGCGACGGAAAAGAGAACGCCCGUGCCAGAGAAUGAUGCUAGCAACCUUAGCAGAGUAUUCGGAACUCUUGGUGCAGUAGGCUUAGCUACCUUCGGUUCCAUCCCGACCUACAAGAUCCUUACCAUCUGCCACACUGGCGACAACAUCUGCGAAGGCGGCACGAGCAUUACUGCGGCGCAUUUGAACUACCAGAAUGAUGUGGCGACUGCGGGCGCUUUUAUCGCUGGCAAGGUCUAG